AUGAAUGAGCCGUCAAACAGGAUCGGUGCGAACGAACAAGAGAAGAAAGCCAAGGAAAUUCUCCUCAAUUCUUACCCUGACUUAUUCAACGAGAACCAACUCUACCGAGGCAUGCCCCACAAUGCUCACGUCUACGCAUCAUUCCUCUUCAUGGAGGUUAUCGUUGAGAGUAAUCAUGUCAAUCUAUUUGGCCCUGGAAAGCAUACCUCAACCUCAUUCGGAACUGCAAUGGAGCAUGCUUGGCCUGGGAGAGCUAUCCUUAUUUUCAAGCGACCUGGUUGUGACUCGCACGAUUUCCAAGUCUGGAAUCCAGACGAUGGUGAGGCAAUGAAUUGGUGUAAGCUUGGAGCAAGGAAGAUCUUCUUAUGA